AUGAAGACAUUGUUUGAAGAGAUCAAAGCAUCAAUUAAGAAUAACUAUAACCAAGAUCGCUCAUUUUGGAGGUCUGUUCUUCCUUGGGGAGGUGUUUUUACUAUCAAAGCUGGCUGCAAAGCAGUAUCCUGUACACCCCUGUAUGUCGAAAUAAGACUGAAAAAUACCUGCACUAUAGAUGGGUUCUUGAUGUUACUGUAUGUCAUCCUUAAUGAGAACGAGAAUUUCCCCAGGGAGCUCUCUCUCCGUUUGGGUAAGGAGUUUGUAGACUAUUUUCUUUAUUUAAUGGACACUUACAGUUUUACAACUGUGAAGCUACUUUGGAUUUGGGACAAGAUGGCAAAACAGCAAUACAAAUCUGAAGUUCAGAAGGCUUCAUUUAUAAUUGAUUUGUUUGGGAAUGAACAUGAUAAUUUCACCAAAAAUCUUGAAAAUCUCAUGGCUACUAUCCAAGAGAGUUACUGUUCCAACUGGCGAUGCCCAGCCCGUGUUCACAAAGACCAGCAGUGUACAAUUAGUAUAAAUCCUCCACAGGAGAUUCCACACGGAAAUUUGAUCCGGCUGGCGGUGGAUGAGCUGUUCUGCUCUAGGAGCGAACAGUGUGAAGAACAUGGGUGUGGUGGGUUAAGAGAAUUUUCACAGCGAGUGUUCUGCCACGGAGCACCCCCUUUUGUUGUCUUCAAUAUGCAGCACUGGAGAUCGGAAGAUCUAGCAUAUGUUCCCUAUCACCUGGACUUAUCUGACCACAAGUAUUUGCUGGAAGGUGCCACAUUGUUCAACAAAGUGGAGCAUCAUGACUCUGCAGCCUUCCAGAUUGAUGGACAUUGGAUGCACUAUGAUGGCCUCAGAAAUUGCAAUUUGGUCUCAGUAAACUUUCCUGGGGAAUUCUUAUUGCAUGAAUCAAAGUAUACAAAAAUUAAAAUAGUAGCCUACACAUAUACACAUGAAUGAUAUUAACAAAAUUAUCCCUAAUGAAAAGUUGUUCUUUUAGGAACUGUACUUUAUUUGGAAUAAUACUA